AUGCGAGACGUCUACUGCUGGAACACCUUCCAAUCCGACUCACGGUCUGCGGAUGUGGGUGUCAGGCAGGGCUCCACUCUCUCACCUGUUAUCUCUGGGCUGUUCAUUGCUCCGGUAAUGAAGCUCUUCUAUAUCAAAGCGGUGCCGCUCAACACGACGCUGCUUUCCUUUGUGGAUGACGGGACCAUUCUGGCCCAAUCCAAACAACUCGAUGAUAAUAAUGUGGGCCUGCAUAAGGCCGAAAAGAUUAUUUAUCUACUUUUUGUUGCUUUCGCACUCGUUCUUGAACAUGACAAGACCGAGUUGUUCCACUUUUCGCGUCGACGAGACACCUACAAUCCCUCGCUGGAUCUGGGGUACGCCCCGCAUACUGGCACUACACCUUUGACGCCCAAGACCUAUUGGAGGUACUUGGGCUUCUACUUUGACCGCGGGCUCACAUUCCAUGAGCACGUACGCUACUAUGCCACCAAGGCGUUUACCACCGUGCAGGCCAUGCGCAUGCUCGGAAACUCUACUAGAGGUCUCUCGCCUAAACUGUGUCGCCUCUUAUAUCGGUUGUGUGUGGUGCCUAUUGCCACAUACAGUUAUCGUCUCUGGUAUUUCGAUGGCGCCCGUAACAAGGGUGCGAUGAACCAGCUGAAACAGAUGCAGCGAAAAGCUGCUCUAUGGAUUACUGGUGCCUUCCGCACCUCACCCACAGGCAGUCUUGAGGCCCUCGCUGGCCUCAUCCCCGUUCAUCUCAUGCUGAAGAAGCUGGCGACACGUGCAGUGUAUCGCGUCGCUACCCUCUCAGACACUCACCCUCUUUGCUCUAUGACGGGCGAGGGACUCCUUAAGCGAGCUGCACCACAUGCCCGCUCAGCUGCCUUGAUGACCCCAGCUGUGCGAGGGAAAGUCAAGAGCACCGUUAUGGAGGUGGACGAACGUGUCCACACCUUAACUGAGAGCUUCGAGCCUUUUGCGCCCGAAGCUCGCCCGGGCGAUCGGUUGCUGGACCGCUAUGCAGACCGUUUCCACUUUGACGAGCGUGAUCCUGCCCAGGAUAGGCGACCAUAUCUAGACGAGCUCAUCGCGAAAGCAAGGGCCAACCCAUUGACAGUACUGGCUGCAACUGAUGGCUCUGUCCCUCAGUCCAAUCAGUAUCAGGCGGCUUCGGCUGCCAUCAUCUACAAGGGACACCGUGAGCUUGAAAGGACUCGUUAUGUCUCUGGCAGAGUCACCGCCCCAGAUGCGGAACUCAAUGCCAUCUUGUGUGCAGUGCGCCUUGCUGUCAAGCAGGCAAACUGCCAACAUAUUAUGGUCUUUACUGACUCUAUGGGCUCGGCCCACAGAGCGGUUGACCCUUCCGUGCACUCUGGUCAGGCUUUUAGCCUGUCAGUUUGUCGUGUUCUCCAAGAGUGGUUUGAGGCAGAUGAUCUCCGCUGCAUCACCUUUAUCUACGUUCCCUCUGCUUUGCGGUGGGAUAUCCACGGUGAGGCACACAAACAUGCUACGCUCCCAAGCGGCACACUCAGUCCUGGAUUCCCUGACGGGCAGCCGCUACAGCCAUCGUACCUCAAUGGGGGACCUUGGCUUUCAACCUUCGGACACAGUAUCACUGAGUUCGCUCACGUUUGCCAGUGUAUAACUGGCCACAUGUCCAUUGGAGCAUAUUACCGUCGCUUCAAGAUCAACGAGCCUCAUGGCUGCACUUGCGGGGCUGCUUUGCAGUCUCGCCAGCACGUCCUCUUUCGCUGCCACGAUCACUAUUCCGUGCAUUACCCCCGCUUUCUUGGGGAUAUUGCAUCUUUUAUGAAGUACAACCCCACAGCGUUUGGCUUCAACCGGGACCCUUCAGGUGUUGGAUAA